GCUGUCAGACAGAAGCUUCCACGAUCUUUCUCCCGGACAGACGGCCGACACUUGCAUCUGACUGGUUCGAUGCAGUUUCUUAACCUUACCAUGCCUACUUCAGCUGCGUCAACGACCGAUAUCCGGAGCGAAGCACCGCCAAGUUGCCGAGCCGAGACCGUAAAGCUCCGAUGCGCUUCUUCCCCGUCGCGCGCUGCUUGCAAUCCGCCUUUAUCUUUUGCCUUGGGUAUCCAUGCCUGCUCUUUGAGGCUUUACAACCCUUACAUAUAGUGACGAAGGGGUCAUGUUAUACAAGCCUCAGUCAUCUCAUCAAUCAUGCCAGGACGCACCUUGAUGCCGCUCCUCUCGCGGAGCUCAGCAGCCUCGUCUCGACCUCCGCUCCAGACCCUUAUAGCUUGGAGGGCUUGUAAUCAUCGAUUCCGGUCAUUAGUAGCUCCUGUUAUUCGUCGAUCGCUUUCAUCCCUACCGAAUCUACCUCUUUUCCGCGCUCUUCAAAAUCACGACCAGUCCAAUCUCGCGGUUGUUCACAGCGCGUCUGCUCGUUCCUUUACAUAUGGCAAUUUGGUUGCGGAUGUACUGCAGGCGAAAGAAAGGCUGAUCGGAUCUGCUGGGGGUAAACAAGAUGGCUUGUCUGGCGAGAGAGUCGCGUUUUUGGCUGAAAAUAGCUACGACUACGUAGUGACGCUUCUUUCUAUUCUUGCUAGCGAUGCAAUUGCCCUACCUCUUUCCCCGGCCUUUCCAAUUGGCGAAUUGAAGUAUAUUAUGGAUAAUUCUCAGGCAAAGGUGCUAGUUGCUACGGAGAAGUACGCGGGGAAAGCGCAAGAUCUUCUCAAGGCGGGUCUGGAUCGGGUGCCGGUUCUGGAUGUGAAGGACAAGAUUAAAGUGGGCGCGCAUAACUCGGGUUCCGUGUCAUUGGAGGAUCUCAAUGCGAAAUCUCGUGGUGGGAUGAUGCUCUAUACUUCUGGCACCACUAACAGACCGAAAGGUGUACUGAUCCCUCAGUCAGCGCUGACAGCACAAGCCGCGUCUCUCCUUGAGGCGUGGAACUACACCCCUGAUGAUCGAUUACUUCAUUUGCUUCCCCUGCAUCAUAUCCACGGCACCGUGAAUGCGAUUGUCACCCCCAUACUUGCAGGAUCUUCCAUUGAGUUCAUGUUUCCCUUCAACACCGAUGCCGUGUGGAAGAGGCUGGCAGCUCCAUUCCUACCGGCUACUCCAACGACAAGCAAGAUAACCUUUUUGACUGCCGUGCCCACUAUCUACAACCGACUGCUCUCUUCGUUCCCUGGCUUGAGCCCUGAUAUCCAGGAGGCGGCAAGGAAAGGCAUCUCACCCGAGAACAUGCGCCUCAACAUCUCCGGCUCCGCAGCCCUACCUACGCCCACCAAGAAAGCCUGGCAGGAUCUCAGCAACGGGAAUGUGCUUCUUGAACGCUACGGAAUGACCGAGGUUGGAAUGGCUAUCAGUUGUGGACUCGACUUUGCAGAUCGUGUUGAUGGUAGCGUUGGCUGGCCACUACCAUUCGUGGAGGCCAGACUGGUGGACACGGAUACCAACGAGGUCAUCAAUGCAGGAGAAGAGCGCGAUAACAAUGGCCGAGAGCGUGAAGGCGAAAUCCAGCUUCGCGGCCCGACCAUCUUCCAGGAAUACUGGGCAAAUGAAAAGGCCACCAAGGAGUCCAUUGUCUCUGGCGAGGAUGGCAAAGGCGAAUGGUUUAGAACCGGAGACGUCGCAACGCGUCGUAUUGUCGACAAUGCCGGUAAGGGAACCAGCGGCGAGUGGGCCAAAGGACCCAUGUACUUUAUCCAAGGCCGUCGGAGUGUCGACAUCAUUAAGUCCGGCGGCGAGAAAGUCAGCGCGCUGGAAGUAGAGCGGGAACUGCUAUCCCUUCCCCAAAUCGCCGAAGCCGCCGCCGUCGGUCUUCCCUCGGACCAGUGGGGUCAGAAAGUCGCCGCUAUUGUCGUUCUGAGACCCGAAGUUGCAAAGAAGACCGGGCGCAACGGCAAGACAUGGGGCGCUUUGGACAUGCGCCGCGCUCUCAAGGACCGCCUGGCUAGUUAUAAGAUGCCUCAGGAAAUGAAGGUUCUCGAUGGGCCUAUACCAAGAAAUGCUAUGGGGAAGGUUAAUAAGAAGAUGCUUGUGAAGGAGGUUUUUGGCAUAUAGUACAGAUUUUGUGAUGUGCUAUGUGUGAUACUGCAAUCCAUACAUAGAUCUUGGAUAUAUGGUGUAUUGUAUGCUGAAUAUAGAUGAGAUGUGCAUUUG